UGCUGCCGAGUUGGAAAACUGGCGGCUGGACUUGGCCAGGCGUCCUCGGCGCGGGGACUGCCACCAGCCUGAGGGGCACGGGGCGGCAGCUCCUGGCCUGGAGCCUGGGGGACAGGGGACGUGGAUCAACCACUCAGAUUUAUAUAUAUAUAUCUAUAUAAUGUAUUUAAUAUUCUGGUUCUGCACGGAAUUGCAGCUGGGGAGCAGUGCCAGCCCAACAGUGGCCGCGUGCAGUGAAGCCCACGAGGAGCAGCGUGCCGACAGGCACUGCCAGCCAUGGCCCAACGACCGUGGAGAAGGACGGGGCUGAAGCACCCUUCUCUAGUGGCUCUGGUGGUCCUGCUGGCCCUGGCCCUGCUGGCACUCACCUACCUCCCCUCACUGCCGACUGGGGACCAUGGCCGGGCCCCUUUGCCCCAUGUGGCACCAACACCUGCAUCGCUCCCGUUGGCACCCCGGCCCCGGCGAGAUGUGGCCAUCACCCCGUGUGGGGACAAGCCUCCCAACCAGGGAACAAAAAGGCGUAGGGGGGAAGGACGGCGGCUGAGGGAACGAGGUGCCCCAUCUCCUUCUCCUUGUGUGGAGCAGCCAUGCAGGUGGGGUGGCUCACCUCAGGAGGACAGGCUGUGUUUUGGUGGAACAAUCCCACCGUGGCUCUCAGAGGAUGACAUCCAGAAGAUGAAGCUGCUGGCCCACGGCCAAGUGGUCUCCAAAAGCCGUGUGCCGGCCCACGGGCAGGUCCUGCGUGUCCGCCUGCAUGCUGAUGGUGACACCAAGCCUGCCAGUCCAGAGGAGGACUGUGGGGAUGGGCGCUGUGGGCUCAUCAAGCGUCCCACAGACCUCUAUGAAGUGGUGGCCUUCCACCUGGACAGAGUCUUGGGACUGAACAGGAGCCUGCCCGCUGUGGCCCGCCGCUUCUCCAGCCCCAUCCUACCCUACAGCUACACCAACGGUGCCCCUCGGCCCCUCAUCUGGUGGGCACCCGAUAUCCAGCACCUGGAGGACACCAACAAUGACCAGAACUCCUGUGCCCUGGGGUGGCUGCAGUACCAGGAGAUGCUGCGGUCCCACAGUGUGGCCCCAGUGGCAGGAAAUACGGCCUGUGCAAGCAUUCAGCGUGGUGAGUGGGGCCGCUUGGCACUCUUCGACUUCCUCCUGCAGGACCCCAAAAAUCUCCUACAGGUUCAUGACCGCCUGGACCGAUACUGCUGUGGAUUCGAGCCUGAUGCCUCCGAGCCCUGUAUGGAGGAGAUGCUCCAUGAAAAGUGUCGAAACCCAUCCGAGCUUGUCCUGGUGCACAUCCUGGUCCGGAGGAGCACUCCGUCCCGGCUGGUGUUCAUCGACAAUGCGGGCCGGCCACAGCAACCAGAGGCAAAGCUCAACUUCAGGCUGCUGCAGGGCAUAGACAGCUUCCCAGAGACAGCUGUGGCCAUGCUGAGGUCAGGCUGCCUGGGCCGCAGGCUGCUGAAGUCACUGUAUAUGGACCAGGAGCUCUGGGAGAGCCAGGGAGGUGCUGCAGGGCUGCGGCCUCUACUGCAGGUCCUGGAGAGGCGGGGACAAAUCCUGCUGCGGUACCUCCAGGAGCACAACCUGACAGUGGUGAGGGACACACCGCGCUGAGCCCCACAGUGAUGGGUCGACCUCAUGCCCUUAGUGUCAGCAAUGUGGAACUGCAUGUGGGUUCUUGCUUCUCCAAAAGGUGUCUUUUUAUUAACUCCUGUUGGUAGGAUGUCCUGGAAAAGGAAAAGGGGUUGCAGGGUGUAGGAAAGAGGAAGAGGAGUCUUUCUGAAACAACCAACAACUGUUUGGGAAGGCAUUAAGCAAGAUUUGUCACACAAUGUUCUCAACGUGGAGUUUUCAAAGAAGGCGAACAUCUGUGAGAUUUUGGGUGUCUUCAACUCCUGUCUUCCCCAACAUCUUUGAAAAGGGCAGGCUUGACCUGUUGAACUGUCUGGAGAGCUUGGUAAGGAUUAGCCUAGCAGAGGGGCUUGCACAGGGCUUUUUUUAAUGAUGUCUUCAUUGUUCCCAAAAUAAUAAAAGUAGAGAGUCUGGAGUGGUGUGGGGAAAACCAGAGGGGACCCUACUAAUCAAGGACAAGUCACCAGAGCUGAGCUCUGCCUUCCCCCAUCAAGGAGGUGGCGUGUGCCUGAUGUCUGCAUUAAGCUUUCUCUAAGGCUUGCAGAAAAAUCUUACCAAACAUCCAGGACAAUUUCGGCAGAAAGCAACCAGGUGCAAAAUGCCUUCUGAGCAUGCUGACAACAAAACAGGACCUUCCCCACCCUUCUCAUAUCUUCCAGCGCUGCCCACCAGCCAAGCAGUGGUUAAAUUGGUCCUCAGUGGUCAAGGCUGAGAGCAGAAUGAAGCAGAGGAGACCAGCAUGGGUGCUUGUGCGUGCUGCUGCCCCAUUGCCCUUGAGUUGGAGAAACUGUCCACCCAUGCAGCCAGCGAGGCAGAAAGCAGGCACUCACACGGCUCCUGUUGCAUCCAUCUCAGCAGCGUGUCAGGUUUAGAGCCUGCCAGGGGAUACUUUUGUAGCCGCGCUGAUAAGUGUAGGCAAUUACCUUUUCCUCUUGCUUAAGAGAAGAUGAAGUGAGGCUAGAGUGACAUUAAUCAGCGAGCGUGAGUGCUCUCAGAAAGCAAUGGCACUCAGCAUCGCCUGCGCCUCAGCAUCCCGAGCCCCAGCAGCACUUUGCUGUGGUCCUGCUCUGGCACUGGCAAGGGAAAGCCCAUCCACCAUCAACAUCUCCUCCUCUGCCAGGGUGCCCUGCUGAAACCCGUCCCAUGAGAAUUCAUUGUGAGGAGGUGACCUUAGCUUGUAAGAAUGGUGGAGAAUAAAAUAACUCAUCCUGGGUCCAAAAUAUCCAUAAUAAUAAAGGAGACUGAUAAUCAUAGAAUCAUAAAAUCAUUAAGGUUGGAAAAGACAAGAUCACUUAGUCCAGCUGUUCACCUACUCCAAUACUGCCUGAUCAUUACGUCCCUCAGUGCCACAUCCACAUGGCUCUUGAACACCUCCAGGGACGGUGACUCCACCACCUCCCUGGGCAGCCUACUCCAAUGCACCACCAUUCCUGAGAAGAAAUCUUUCCUAAUACCCAAC